AUGUCAGAAUCGCUCUUUGCUGGACUGUGUCGUAAAGUAGGUACUUCUAUGCAGAUCAACAUAAGGAGAGAAGUAGAGGACAUCGAAGACAUUGUGAGAAAUCAACUAACAACAAUUGGCAGCUACACAGCAAUGCGAAGUGGAAGUUCUAGAGAAGGAUUCAGACUGGAGGGAUCCGAUUUUGACCUGAUGUUCUGGUUUACAUUUUUUAAAGUAUUAUGGGACUUAGAGCAAGCCCAGAAUUACUUUAGUAAUAGAAAAACACUAAUUCUGUGUGAUUGUUCUGACAGUCUUCCUGGAUACACGCUACUUAAGUUAAUGAUGCCACCAUAUGGAUUAGAAAUUCUGCCAAUAUGGGUCAGAAUGAAUGAGAAUCUUUACAUAUCCAGUUCUAAAUACAGACAAUUCCUUUGUUUAUCACUACCUCCAACAUUUACUAAACAUGGACCCUGUGGAGGUGGCUACAGGGGAAUAACAGAAUUUGAUUAUGCCUUCUGUUUCCAAUGCGACUUUUGGCCUCCAUCUGCCAACUCGUGGAUAGAUAGAUGCCGUUUCUGGCCUAAACCUCAGAUUGUUCAUGAAAUAGUUAGAAAUGGAUGCCACUUUGUACCUAUAGGACACAAAUUAGGAAAUCAUGAAGACCAUGAAUGGAGAAUUUCUUUUUCUCAGGCAGAACAAAAACUUGUCGAUUCCAUGAACCACUGUCAAUUCUUAACUUACGGUUUGCUAAAAAUAUUCCUUAAAGAAGUAAUUAACAAAGGAAUUGACGAUCAGGAUAAAUUACUAUGUUCCUAUCACAUGAAGACGUCAGUUUUCUGGUCAAUUCAACAUAACACAAUACCUCACUGGAAUUCACAAAAUCUGUCAAGGUGUUUCUGGAUCUGCUUUAAACUUCUCCUUAAAUGGGUUUACGAGGGCGCUUGUCCUAAUUUUUUUAUUCCAAAAAAUAAUAUGUUUCUGAAUAAGAUCCAUGGUAAAGCUCAGAUGCUUUUAUUUCACCGACUGUAUGAAUUGUAUGAAAGGGGAUUAAAAUGCCUGCUUUUCAGUUCCACCAUUAGCCCCUAUGUUAUGAAGGUCCUCCAUAAUCCUAGGCAGUUUAUCUGUACAGAUGAAUACAAACUUAUCUCACUGGAAGAACUUGAAGAAGAACUCUUUGUUGAAACGUUUAGAUAUAAUGUGCUACAGACAAAAAAACUACGUUCUUGCAUUAAGUAUUUUGAAACAGUAGAGCAUUUGAUGGGCAAAUCCUUGACACACUAUAAAGUUUUCUAUUUACAGAAAAACACUACCUACUUCCUUUACACAGCUGCAUUUUUAUUCUUCAACAGGUGGGCUAACACACAUCCCAACAAACUGAUGUAUACAGCAGACAAAAUGAUUUGUCACAUGUUGAGAUUAGCAGCCAAGUUUGGUUGUAUUUCUGACAUGUUGUACAUAGCUAUGUAUUUUUACCGGACAUCCAGAUACUUAAAAGCUUUGUCAUUUCUUCAAAUAUUGAAAGUAAAAUUAGCAGUUGGACAAACAUAUUUGGUGCACAAAAGUCAUAAAAACCACGAGAGGUAUAAUCAUGCUUUCGUGAAGCAUUCUGUGUGUAAAAAAUUGAGACAGGGAAUCUAUACAACACAGAACAUGGCCCUCCACAAAGACAUCGCUUACAUGAAUGAAUUAUUGCCAGAACAGUCUGGAGUAAAGAAUGGAGAUAACGUUCUGAUUAUUCCCACUUUAGUAAUGAUAUACAUGCUAGAGACCCUGUGUUCCAUUCAUACCGAUCCAAUGCAGUCACAGGGAGCUCUACAUAUUCUACAGAACUUGGUCCACUUAGAGCAUGGUGGGGCUAUACCUGAAGGACUCAAAGACAUAUCAUGGCAGAUCCUUGGCAUAUGUCAACAGAUCACAGGGGACGUACACUCUGCUCUAUUCUCAUAUAAGCAAUCCCUUAAACAAAUACCGUACCAUGGUAUACAAACUGUAACACGGAUGAGAAUACAGAAUAUAAUGAAAAUAACCCCACAGAAACCACUGGUUUAG